AUGAAAGGUAAAACAUUGCUACCUGUUCCAAUGGGUGCUGAUAAAGUAACAGAAGAGAGUCUUGGAAAUGGUCAUUCUGUUGAUACAACAUUAUUACAUGCUAUUGAAUCUGUUGUUAUUGAAUGGUCACAUCAAAUACAAGAUGUUCUGAAAAAAGAUUCAUCACAAGCACUUUUAGAAGAUCAAAAUCCAUUACCAAAAAAUGAAACUGAUUUUUGGAAAGCAAAAUAUGUUAAUUUAUUGAAUAUACAUGAACAGUUAAGUGAUCCACGUGUUAAAAAAAUGGCAGAAUUAUUGAAAAAAACAAAUAGUAGUUAUUAUCCAGCGUUUGAUUCUCUCUUACAAGAUGUUAGCGAUGCAUUAGAAGAAGCAAAAGAAAUUGAUUUAUAUUUAAAACCGGUAUCACAACAUUUUGAUUCAAUUGAAACAACGGAUUUUAGUGAAACACAACCAUUGUAUGGUCCACUAUUUCAUACAUUAUGUUUAAUGUGGGCAAACUGUAAAUCUUAUCGAAGACCAGCUCGAAUUAUUAUUCUACUACAAGAAAUAAAUAAUUUAAUUAUGAAACAAGCUUCUGAAUUUAUGGAACCUAUAGAUUUGUUUAAAGGUGAACCGGAUGAAUCUAUGGAAAAAAUAAAUCAAACAUGUCGUGCAUUAGACGCUUAUCAAUUGGCUUAUAAUCAUUACAAAGGAAAUGUGAAAAAUUAUUUUAAAAAUGGUGAAUUAGUAAAAGAAUGGGAUUUUUCACCGAAAUUAGUUUUUGCUAAAUGGGAUUUAUUUAUGCAACGUGUUAAAGUUAUACAAGAUUUAUUUCAAACGGCUGCUGAAUUUUUACGUCUAGAAAAAGUUGAAAUUGGUGGUGUUAAAGGAAAAACAUUGAGUCAACUUGUUGUAGAAAUCUUUGAACUAUUUAAAGAAGAAUUUGAAAAAUUGAGUUCAAAAAAAUAUGAUCCAUUAGAUCCAACUUGUAUUGAAUUUCUUGAUGAUAUUGCAAAUUUUAAAUUAUUUUUAAAAGAUCAAGAAUUGAAAUUAGCUGCAAUUAUUAAUCAAGCAUUCGAUGAUUCCAACAGUUUAAUUAGCCAAUUUAAAUUAAUAUCAAUUCUUGGCUCAAUGGUUGAACGACAAACAAUUCAUCAAGCAUUUGUUAAAAAUUAUUUUCGUUUAACUCAAUCGGUUGAAAAAGAGAUGGAUACAUGUCAUGAGAUAUAUGAAAAACAAAUGGCUUAUAGACAAGUACAUGGGGUGAUUGAACUACAUCGUAAUCAACCGCCAAUUGCAGGCUCAUUAGAAUGGGUUGACGAAAUGAGAGCAAGAAUUAAUGAACCUGUUGAUUAUUUUCUCAAAUUAGAUUAUUCAGCGAAAGAUACAGAUGAUGGUAAACGUUUAUUAGCGAAACAUGAAGAAUUACUGCGUUUAUUGAAUGAUUUUGCCAAACUAAUAUUUAGCGAAUGGUCAUCAAAUGUUGGAAAAGCUGCACAUUUCAAUCUCAAACAACAUUUAUUAACAAGAAAUUUAGAAACAAAAUUAGUUUUCACAAAUUUUGAUCCACAGUUAAUUGGUGUAUUGCGUGAAGUGAAAUAUAUGCAUCAGACAAAACAAGAACAAACAACAAUUCCCGACGAUGCUGCUAAAAUGUAUCAAGAAAACGAAAAAUUUGUAAAUUAUGUUACCAAUUUAGAUUAUACAACAAAAUCUUAUAAUAAAAUUCGACGUACACUUCAAGAUGUUGAAUAUCCACUUGUUGAAAAACAACUAGAACAAAUUGAUACAAAAUUGGCAAGAGCCGAAAAGGAAUUAUCAUGGGAUACAGCAGAAAUUUGGGAAUAUAUUAAGAAUACAAGAGCUGAAGUACAUGAUUUAGAAAAUCGUUUACAUAAGACAAAAGCAAAUGUUGAACAAAUUCAACGUCUAAUGUCAACUUGGCAAGAUAUUCCAUUAUAUAAGAGAAGUGAAGGAAAAUCGACGCUACUCUAUUUGGAUGAUAAAGAACAACGAUUAAAUAAUCGUUAUAAAGAAAUUGAAGAAACGGGAAAGAAAAUUCAUGCACUACUAAAAGAAAAUGGUGAUUUACUUCGUGUUGAAAACUAUGAGAUUGAUGCGUGGCGUAAUUAUGUGGAUUAUGUUGAUAAAAUUGUUAUCGAUGGAUUUCGAAAAAUAAUUCAAUGUAAUCUAGCAUUCUUUUUGAAAGAAACUGAUUCAACACAGAAUCCAGAUCCCUUAUUCGAAUCACAAUUACAGUUACAAAUUCCAUAUAUGGUUUAUGCGCCAUCAAUGGAAGAACAUGAAAAAAAUAGUUUUUUUGCAUUAAUUGAUGGUCUUCUUGGAACAAUUUAUAAACAAGGAUCGCUCAUUCCAAGAUUAGCUGGUCAUACGAAUCAACAAAAUUAUCAGUCUGAAUUAGAAACGGCUCAAGAUUUAUCUGAUUUACGUUCAGAAUUUAUUGAUCGUGUUCAUAAUGUAAUUACAAAAGCAAACGAAUAUCGUGCAUUUUUCAAUAAAUAUGCUUAUUUGUGGGUCGAUGAUCGUCAAGAAUUUAUGAGACAAUUUUUAUUGUACGGUCACGUAUUAAGUCAAGAAGAAAUAGAAGCAAAUGCCGAAGCCGGUGUGCAACAAAAUCCGCCAACACUACAACAAUUCAAAGAACAGGUUGAUACAUAUGAGACAAUCUACGAUGAAGUUAGUAAAUUUGAAGAUACAAAAAUCUUAGACAGAUGGUUUCGCGUUGAUAGUCGACCAUUUAAACAAGCUCUAUUGAACACGGCUAAAAAAUGGUCAUUUAUGUUUAAACAACAUCUGAUGGACGAUGUUACAAAUAGUCUUCAGGAAUUGAGUGAUUUCAUUAAACAUCAUGAUAAAGGUUUAAAUGUUGAUGUUGGUGAAGGUGAUUAUCAAUCGUUAGUCAAUGUUAUGGGUCAUUUGGGUGCGGUGAGAGAGAAACAACCAAUAUUUGAUAUGAUGUUUGAACCGUUGAAACAAAAAUUGGAAUUAUUAAAAUCCUACGGUCAAGAAAUAUCCGAUGAUAUUUAUGAAAGACUAAAUGUUCUACCAGAAAAAUGGACAAAUACUAAAAAACUUGCAUUAAACGUUAAACAACAGGUUGCUCCAUUACAAACGAAUGAAGUAGCAAAUUUGAGAAAAAAAAUUGCCAGUUUUGACGUUAGACAAUAUGAAUUUCGAGAAAAAUUUCGAAAAGAAUUACCAUUUGGUUAUGAUAGUAAAAAUGUUUACAAACGAUUGGAUAAAGGACAUAUGGACAUAUCGGGAAUGGAACGUGAAAUGCUACAAUUAAAUUCGUCAGCAGCUCUCUUUGAAGUUAAUGUACCCGAUUUUAAACAAGUUAAACAAUGUCGAAAAGAAAUUAAAUUAUUAAAACAAUUGUGGGAUUAUAUUACUUUAAUUCAGACAACGUUUGAAGAUUGGAAAAAAACAAAAUGGAGAGAAAUUAAUGCUGAACAAAUGGACAUAGAAUGUAAAAAAUUUGCAAAAGAUAUUCGAACAUUGGACAAAGAGAUGCGUGCAUGGAAUGCUUACACCGGUUUAGAUGAUGCUGUUAAAAAUAUGAUCACAUCAUUAAGAGCUGUUACAGAACUUCAAAAUCCGGCCAUAAGAGAACGUCAUUGGUUAGAAUUGAUGCAAGCAACAGGCGUUAAAUUUGAAAUGACUGAUUCAACAACAUUCGCCGAUUUGUUAGCUUUACGUUUACAUCAAUAUGAAGAUGAAGUCAAAGGUAUUGUGGAUAAAGCGGUCAAAGAAAUGGCAAUGGAAAAAGUGUUGAGAGAAUUGGAUAAUACAUGGAAAACAAUGGAAUUUGGAAGUGAACCACAUACACGAACAAAAUUACCUUUGACACAGGCUACAGAAGAAUUAAUUGAAGUUUUAGAAGAAAAUCAAGUACAACUACAAAAUAUGUUAACAUCAAAAUAUAUUGCACAUUUUCUUAAAGAAGUAACAGAUUGGCAAAAGAAAUUGUCACAAGCCGAUCAAGUAAUACAUAUUUUAAUUGAAGUACAAAAAACUUGGUCACAUUUGGAAUCAAUUUUUAUCGGUUCACAAGAUAUUCGAAAUCAAUUGCCAGAAGAUAGUGCUCGUUUUGAUUCAAUCGAUAAAGAUUUUAGAGAGAUAUCUGAAGAAAAUCAAAAAGAUUUAAAUGUUGUCAAAUGUACAAAUCGGCCGAAGUUGUAUGAACGAUUAGAAGAUAUCAAAGCAAGAUUAUCUCUUUGUGAAAAAGCAUUAGCCGAUUAUUUAGAAACAAAACGAUUGGCAUUUCCAAGAUUUUAUUUCGUUUCGGCUGCUGAUCUGUUAGAUAUAUUAUCAAAUGGUAAUGAACCUGAGAAAGUCAUGCGACAUUUAACAAAACUGUUUGAUUCAAUGGCAAAAUUAAAAUUAACUGAAGAAAAUGGUGUGAUAAAAAAAGAAGCUACUGCUAUGUGGGCAAAAGAUGGUGAAUAUAUAGCAUUUCCAUCGCCAUGUGAUCUCAAUGGUCAAGUGGAAGUUUGGUUAAACAGAUUAUUAGAAAAACAAUGUGAAACAGUGCGAUACCAUUUAACAGAAGCUGUUCAAGCCUAUGAAGAAAAACCACGUGAGCAGUGGAUUAUGGAUUUUCCUGCUCAAGUUGCAUUGACUGGGUCUCAAAUAUGGUGGACAGUCGAAGUAAAUGCAUCAUUUGCCAAACUAGAAGAAGGUUACGAAAAUGCGCUGAAAGAUUAUUAUCGAAAACAAGUGAGUCAGCUUAAUUCACUUAUUGGACACUUACUUGGUGAUCUAAGUGCGGGUGAUCGACAAAAAAUUAUGACAAUAUGUACAAUUGAUGUGCACGCAAGAGACGUGGUCAUGAAAGUAGUCGCACAAAAGUGUGAAAGUGCAAAUGAAUUUUUAUGGCAAUGUCAACUACGUCAUCGGUGGGAUGAAGCUGAAAAAGAUUGUUUUGCAAACAUCUGCGACGCCCAAUUUCGAUAUGCUCAUGAAUAUUUGGGAAACCAACCUCGAUUAGUAAUUACACCAUUAACAGAUCGAUGUUAUAUAACACUGACCCAAUCGUUACAUUUGAUCAUGGGGGGAGCACCAGCAGGACCAGCCGGUACUGGUAAAACUGAGACAACAAAAGAUCUUGGUCGAGCGUUAGGAUUAUCACAAACAGGUGCUUGGGGUUGUUUUGAUGAGUUUAAUCGCAUUGCAGUUGAAGUAUUGUCUGUUAUUGCUGUGCAAGUGAAAACAAUUCAAGAUGCUAUUCGUGAGAAAAAAGCUCGUUUCGUUUUCAUGGGUGAAGAUAUACGUUUAAACCGAACUGUUGGUCUGUUUAUCACCAUGAAUCCUGGAUAUGCUGGAAGAACUGAACUACCGGAAAAUUUAAAAGCAUUAUUCAGACCUUGUGCUAUGGUAGUCCCAGAUUUUGAUUUAAUUAGUGAAAUUAUGAUGGUUGCUGAAGGAUUUACAGAUGCACGAUUACUGGCUAGAAAAUUUAUUACACUUUAUUCACUGUGUAAAGAAUUAUUAUCAAAACAAGAUCAUUAUGAUUGGGGUUUACGUGCAAUAAAAUCCGUAUUAGUUGUUGCUGGUGCUUUGAGAAGAAGUGAUCCUGGCAGACCAGAAGAUCAAGUAUUGAUGCGUGCCUUACGUGAUUUUAAUAUUCCAAAAAUUGUCACAGACGAUACGCCCGUCUUCAUGGGUCUUAUUGGAGAUUUAUUUCCUGCCCUUGAUGUACCACGUAAACGUAAUCUUGAGUUUGAAAAACUGGUUAAACAAGCAACCGUCGAUUUAAAACUUCAACCUGAAGAUUCAUUUAUUUUAAAAGUUGUUCAAUUACAAGAAUUAUAUGAAGUGAGACAUUCAGUAUUUAUUGUGGGUAAUGCGGGCACAGGUAAAAGCCAAAUAUGGAAAGUUCUAAAUCGUACAUAUCAGAAUCAGAAACGUAAACCGAUUGCCGUUGAUCUGAAUCCAAAAGCUGUAACAAAUGAUGAACUGUUUGGUAUUAUUAAUCCAGCUACAAGAGAGUGGAAAGAUGGUCUAUUCUCUACCAUCAUGCGUGAUUUGGCAAAUAUGACAUCGGAUGGUCCUAAAUGGAUUGUACUUGAUGGCGAUAUUGAUCCUAUGUGGAUUGAAAGUUUAAAUACGGUUAUGGAUGACAAUAAAGUCUUGACAUUGGCUAGCAAUGAAAGGAUACCGUUAAAUCCAACAAUGAGAUUGUUAUUUGAAAUCAGUCAUUUAAGAACCGCAACACCAGCCACCGUAUCAAGAGCCGGCAUACUCUAUAUCAAUCCUCAAGAUCUUGGAUGGAAUCCUCAAGUCGCCACAUGGAUUGAUACACGCGAACAACAAAGUGAACGUGCAAAUUUAACAAUUUUAUUCGAUAAAUAUGUUCCAUUAUGUUUGGAGGCAGUUAAAUCUCGUUUCAAAAAAAUUACACCGAUUGUCGAAGGUGCUCAUAUUCAUAUGCUCUGUCGAUUACUCGAAUGUAUGUUAACAGCAACAAAUACACCUGUCGAUUGUCCAAAAGAUUUAUAUGAACUUUAUUUCGUGUUUGCUUGUGUGUGGGCCUUUGGAAGUGCUCUAUUUCAAGAUCAACUCACCGAUCAUCGACUAGAAUUUUCAAAAUGGUGGAUAACAGAAUUCAAAUCUAUCAAAUUUCCGAUACAAGGAACAGUAUUCGACUAUUAUAUUGAAUCUGAAACAAAAAAAUUUGAACCAUGGACAAAAUUAGUGCCAAAAUUUAGACUUGAUCCAGAAAUUCCAUUACAAUCUGCUCUUGUUCCAACAGCUGAAACUACUCGUUUACGUUAUUUUAUGGAUUUAUUAAUGGAAAAGGGCUGGCCCAUAAUGUUAGUGGGUACCGCUGGAUGUGGAAAAACUGUUUUAAUCAAUGAUAAAUUAGCAUCACUUAGUGAAGAUUGGUUAGCUGUUAGUGUACCAUUUAAUUUUUAUACGACUAGUGAAAUGCUACAAUCAAUAUUAGAAAAACCAUUGGAGAAAAAAGCAGGCAGAAACUAUGGUCCACCAGGAAGUAAAAAAAUUAUCUAUUUUAUCGAUGAUAUGAAUAUGCCAGAAGUAGACGUAUAUUACACUUGUCAACCACACACACUACUUCGGCAACAUUUAGAUUACAAACAUUGGUAUGAUCGUCAAAAAUUGACAUUGAAAGAAAUUCAUAAUUGUCAAUAUAUAUCGGGAAUGAAUCCAACAUCUGGUAGUUUUACCAUUGAUACUCGUCUUCAACGACAUUUUGCCGUUUUUGCCGUCUCAUUUCCCGGAAUGGAAGCAUUAGAAACAAUCUACAUUAAUAUUUUAACUCAACAUUUAGCAGAAGGAUUUUCACAACAAGUAAUGCGUUAUGCCAGCAGUAUUGUUAAAGGUGCAAUCGAAUUACAUCGACGAAUAACAGCAACAUUCUUACCAACGGCUAUUAAAUUUCAUUAUAUAUUCAAUUUAAGAGAUUUAUCAAAUAUAUUUCAAGCUAUCUUAUUUGGUAAACCAGAAGCAUUAAAAUCUCACAAUGAUUUAAUUCGUUUAUAUUUACAUGAAUCGGAACGUGUAUAUUGUGAUAAAUUAGUUGAUCGUACAGAUAUUGAUACAUUCAUAAAAUUACAACGUGAAGUGGCCAAAAAAUCAUUUGAAGAAUUAGACGAAGAUUAUUGCUUUAAAAAACCCAAUAUUUAUUGUCAUUUUGCUAUGGGUGUUGGUGACCCGAAAUACAUGCCGAUAGAUAAUUGGACACAAUUACAAAAAUUGUUAAAUGAUGCCUUAGAUGCUUACAAUGAAUUGAAUGCACAAAUGAAUUUAGUAUUAUUCGAAGAUGCUAUGACACAUAUUUGUAGAAUUAACAGAAUACUAGAGUUUCCACGAGGGAACGCUCUUUUGAUCGGUGUAGAUGGUAGUGGUAAACAGAGUUUAUCUCGUUUGGCUGCUUCGAUAAGUUCAUUGGAUGUAUUUCAAAUUACAUUACGUAAAGGCUAUAGUAUUACCGAUUUAAAAACAGAUUUAGCUGCUUUGUAUAUUAAAGCUGGUCAAAAAGGAAUUGGAACUGUAUUUCUAAUGACUGAUUCACAAGUAGCUGAUGAAAAAUUUUUGGUAUUAAUUAAUGAUAUGUUAGCAUCAGGAGAAAUACCCGGAUUAUUUGCCGAUGAUGCUGUAGAAGAAAUAAUUGGUGCAUUAAGAAAUGAAGUGAAAUCACAAGGUAUUGAUGAUACAAGAGAAAAUAUUUGGAAAUAUUUUAUUGAAAAAGUGCGAAAAAAUUUAAAACUUGUACUAUGCUUUUCUCCUGUUGGUGCAACAUUGCGUGUACGUUCUCGUAAAUUUCCGGCAAUUACCAAUUGUACAAGCAUCGAUUGGUUUCAUGAAUGGCCAGAAGAAGCCUUGAUAUCUGUCGCGAAUCGUUUCGUCAGUGAUGUAGACAUUUUAAAACCAGAAAUAAAAGAUUCAGUUUCAAAAUUCAUGGCAUUUGUGCAUAAGUCUGUCAAUGAUAUGAGUGUCACUUAUUUACAGAAUGAUAAACGUUAUAAUUAUACGACACCAAAAUCAUUUUUAGAACAAAUCACAUUGUAUAAAAAUCUGUUAGCGAAAAAAAGUCGUGAAUUACAAGAGAAAAUAAAUCGACUUGAAAGUGGUCUUGUAAAAUUGCAAUCGUGCGCAAGACAAGUUGAUGAUUUAAAAGAUAAACUAGCAGCUCAAGAAGUAGAAUUGAAACAAAAAAAUGAUGAUGCUGAUAAACUAAUUAAAGUUGUUGCGACUGAAACUGAAAAAGUGACAAAAGAAAAGGAAUCAGCCGGUGUUGAACAAGCGAAAGUCGCCGAAAUCGAAAAAAACGUAACAAUAAAAGCAACUGACUGUGAACGAGAUUUAGCACGUGCUAUGCCAGCAUUGAAAGCAGCUGAAGAAGCGUUAAAUACAUUAGACAAGAAUAAUUUGACUGAAAUGAAAGCAUUUCCAAAUCCACCAGAAGCUGUUUUAAAAGUGGGUGCUGCAGUGAUGUGUCUAAUGCCGCCUGGUGGGAAAAUACCAAAACCAGCUCAGCGUGAUUGGAAAACUGUUAAAGCAAGUAUGGGAAGUGCUGAUCAAUUUCUUGGUAUGCAAUUUCUCAUUCACAGUAGUGCGUGCGUGUGUGAAAAAACACAAAAUCUGUCUUUUCUAGGUGCACUACGAUCAUACGAUAAAGAAAAUAUCCGUGAAGAUAUGCAAAGAGAAGUACGACCGUAUUUAGAAGAUCCCGAAUUUGAACCGGAAAAAAUCAAAUCAAAAUCAGCCGCAGCAGCCGGAUUAUGUGCUUGGGUUAUUAAUAUUGUCAAAUUUUAUGAAGUUUAUUGUGAAGUUGAACCCAAACGACUAGCUCUAGAAAAAGCCAAUGCUGAAUUGAAAGCAGCCCGAGAUAAACUGGAGUUGGUCAAUAAACAAGUGGCGCAAUUAGAAGAAGCAUUAGCAAAACUAACAGCUGAAUAUGAUACAGCUAUGUCAGCUAAACAAAAAUGUCAAGAAGAAGCUGAUCGUACAUCAUAUACUAUAUCAUUAGCCAAUCGACUCGUCGGUGGAUUAGCAUCGGAAAAUGUUCGAUGGCGUGAAUCUGUUGCCGGUUAUCGUUUAUCUGAAGAUACGACACCCGGUGAUGUUUUGCUCAUAACAGCUUUUGUUUCCUAUAUGGGUUGUUUUACAAAAACAUAUCGUGUGGAUCUAAUGGAAAAUUAUUGGAGACCAAAAUUAUCCGAAUUAAAGCCUCCAAUACCCGUUACUACCGAUAUUGAUCCCCUAUCAUUAUUAGUUGAUGAUGCUGUUGUGGCUGGUUGGAAUAAUGAAGGUUUACCAUCAGAUCGCAUGUCAACUGAAAAUGCAACAAUUCUAACGUGUUGUGAAAGAUGGCCGUUAAUGAUUGAUCCGCAAUUACAAGGUAUAAAAUGGAUUAAACAACGUUAUGGUGAACCUCUUAAAGUCAUUCGUCUUGGUCAAAAGCAAUAUUUGGACAAAAUUGAACAAGCAAUAGCAGCCGGUGAUGUGUUGUUACUCGAGAAUAUUGAUGAAUCAAUUGAAGCUGUACUAGAUCCAUUAUUAGGAAGAAAUACCAUCAAGAAAGGACGAGCAAUUAAAUUGGGAGAUAAAGAAAUCGAAUAUCAUCCAGGAUUUCGUCUAAUAUUGCAAACUAAACUGGCUAAUCCUCAUUACAAACCCGAAAUGCAGGCCCAAACAACAUUGAUUAACUUUACCGUUACCAAAGAUGGUUUAGAAGAUCAACUCUUAGCUGAUGUUGUAGCUAAAGAACGCCCUGAUUUAGAGCGAUUAAAAUCAGAUUUGACAAAACAACAGAAUGAAUUUAAAAUAACAUUAAAAAAAUUAGAAGAUUCCCUUUUGGCUCGUUUAUCAUCGGCCGAAGGCAAUUUUCUGGGUGAUACAGAGUUAGUAGAAAAUUUAGAAAAUACAAAACGAACAGCAACCGAAAUUGAAGAAAAAGUCAAAGAAGCAAAAAUAACAUCAAUUAAAAUUGAUGAAGCUAGAGAAUUAUAUCGUCUAGCUGCCGCAAGAGCCAGUCUAAUCUAUUUUAUUAUGAAUGAUUUAAAUAGAAUUAAUCCAAUGUAUCAGUUUUCAUUAAAAGCAUUCAAAGUUGUAUUCGCAUCGGCUAUUGAGCGUGCUGAAGCAGAUGAAGAUGUUAAAAAACGUGUAUUAAACUUGAUUGACUCUAUCACCUAUUCAACAUUUCUUUAUACUACACGAGGCCUGUUCGAAAAACAUAAACUGAUAUUUACAUCACAAAUGGCAUUUUUAAUUUUACUUGUACAAAAAGAAAUAGAUCCAAAAGAAUUGGAUUUUCUAUUACGUUUUCCAAUUAUACCCAAUGUUACAUCACCCGUGGAUUUUCUAAGCGAUUUUUCUUGGGGUGGAAUAAAAGCUUUAUCACAAAUGCAAGAAUUUACAAAUCUCGAUCGAGAUAUCGAAGGCUCGGCUAAACGAUGGAAAAAAUUUGUUGAAAUGGAAGCGCCAGAAAAAGAAAAAUUACCUCAGGAAUGGAAAAAUAAAACACCGUUACAAAAAUUAUGUAUGAUGAGAGCACUGAGACCAGAUAGAAUGCUUUAUGCACUAAGUUUAUUUGUUGAAGAAAAACUUGGCAAACAAUUUGUUGAAAAUCGUGCUGUACCAUUCGUAAAAUCCUAUGAGGAAACGACGCCUAGUACGCCUGUAUUCUUUAUUCUAUCACCUGGUGUGGAUCCAAUUAAAGAUGUAGAAGCAUUGGGAAAAAAAUUAGGAUUUUCAUCCAAUUUAAAAACAUUUCAUAAUAUAUCACUUGGACAAGGUCAACAAAUUGUCGCUGAAGAAGCAAUGGAUAUUGCAUCGAAAGAAGGACAUUGGGUCGUAUUGCAAAAUAUACAUUUGGUUGCUAAAUGGUUACCACAAUUAGAGAAGAAAUUGGAACAAUGUGCGGAAAAUAGCCAUGAAAGAUUUAGAAUGUUUGUCUCGGCUGAACCAGCUGGUGAUCCAGCUGCCCAUUGUAUACCACAAGGUAUUCUUGAAUCGGCCGUCAAAAUACGUAAAUUUGGUGCUCAAGGUUGGAAUCGUAAUUAUCCAUUCAACAAUGGUGAUUUGACAAUUAGUGUGAAUGUAUUGUACAAUUAUCUCGAAGCAAAUCAAAAAGUGCCUUGGGAAGAUUUACGUUAUUUAUUCGGUGAAAUUAUGUAUGGAGGUCAUAUUACCGAUGAUUGGGAUAGACGAUUGUGCAAAACUUAUCUUGAAGAAUAUAUGAAUCCCACAAUGUUUGACGGUGAACUAUAUUUGGCUCCUGGUUUUCCAAUCCCUCCUUCAACAGAUUAUAAAGGAUAUCAUCAAUAUAUCGACGAAUUUAUACCUCCUGAAAGUCCCUAUUUAUACGGUUUACAUCCAAAUGCUGAAAUUGAUUUUUUAACAACAACAUCUGAAAAUUUAUUCAAAACUGUCUUAGAAAUGCAGCCACGAGAUGCAGGUGCUGGUGCUGCAGGUGAAGGUCAAACAAUGACAAGAGAAGAAAAAAUUAAAUCAAAAUUAGAUGAAAUUUUAGAUAAACUACCCGAUGAAUUUCCUGUUCGAGAACUAUAUGCUAAAGCCGAAGAGAAGACUCCGUACACUGUCGUAGCACUGCAAGAAUGUGAAAGAAUGAAUUUAUUAACACGAGACAUGAGACGAUCAUUAAAAGAACUCAAUUUAGGAUUAAAGGGUGAAUUAACAAUAACAGCUGAUAUGGAACAACUUCAAGAUGCUCUGUUUCUUGAGCAAGUGCCAGCUUCAUGGACAAAACUUGCUUAUCCAUCAAUGUUUGGUCUUGGUUUAUGGUACAGUGAUUUAUUACUACGUAUUAAAGAAUUAGAAUUAUGGACGGGUGAUUUUCAAUUACCUGCUGCUGUAUGGCUAGGUGGUCUAUUUAAUCCUCAAUCAUUCUUGACAGCUAUUAUGCAAACAACAGCAAGAAAAAAUGAAUGGCCAUUAGAUAAAAUGUGUCUAUCGGUUGAUGUAACAAAAAAAACGCGAGAAGAAUUAGGUGGUGCACCACGAGAAGGUGCCUAUGUACAUGGUCUGUACAUGGAAGGUGCUCGUUGGGAUACACAAACUGGACAAUUGAGUGAAGCAAGAUUAAAAGAAUUAACACCAAUGAUGCCCAUUGUAUUUGUAAAAGCCAUACCAGGAGCUGUUCUUUUAUUAAUGUAA